AUGGUCGAUUGGUCAUCCCAGGAAGAGAUUGAGAGGGAUACCACCGCGUACACAAACCUAGUGUUCACGCUCUUCGGUCUCUACAUCUGGGAGCUCUUCCAAACGUCCAACUUCGAAUGGUCUCUCAUUACGAGAAAGCGCGACUUCGCUUGGCCAUUGAGUCAAUACUGUUUGCUAUGGGCUCUUAUUGGACUGUUGAUAUCUUUUUCUGUCAUUAAACAUGUCAAUUGCCAAGCGCUAUAUACCUUCAAUUCCUGGACAGGAAACAUGGCCAUCCUGUGCGCCUCGACGUCGCUGAUGCUCCGAACGAUAGCUCUCUGGGAGCGCAAGCUCAAGAUCGUGAUCCCGCUAGGCAUCCUCUGUCUCGCGCACUGGGCCCUCCUCUGGCGCGGCAUGUUCGUCAUCCACGCGGUGUACGAUACUGCGACCGAAGCGUGCGAGGUGACAUACACGAACCACGUCUUCCUCAACAUCUCGUUCUUCGCGACUAUGGUGUUUGACCUGGCGAUCCUGCUGUUAACAAUCGCCGCGCUUGUGCCGCUCACGUCGCGAUCGAGCCUCGUGCGCAUGCUCUUCCAUGACGGGCUCGUCUAUUUCCUUGUCACGUUCCUGUUCAAUUCCGUUCCUGCUAUUCUGGCGGUCAUUAAUCUGAACCCUAUGAUGAACAUCAUCGCGACCAUCCCCGCAGCAACCUUCUCCGCGAUCGCGGCGUGCCGCGCCGUCAUUCGCUUGCAAGAAUUCGCGCACGGCGACAUCUACGUGCACAACGCCUCGCAGCUCCCGUCGCCCGGCGGGCGCACCGGGAACAUGCACUUUGGGCGCAUGUCCGGCGUCGGUGUCCCGUCCGCUACCGCAGUGCGCCUCGGGGGCGCCGGGGGCCUGAAGGCGCAACCGUACGUGUUUGCACGUCCCGAGGUGCAUGUGACGACGGACCAGUUUGUUAUGGAGGACUUUGGAGAAUCGGUGGCGGAUGUUGAAGAGCACAAGCGGUCCCCGACGCUCGAUACGGACGACGAGAAGCUCUCCCCGUCGGUCAAUACCGCCGAGGAAGCCGUCUGA